AAGUAUUAUUUUUAAACUUAGGUUUGUCAUACACAUAUAUGUGUUGACCUUGUCUCUUAUAUCAUUACUAAACUCCGUCACUGGUUCUAAGAGUUUUGGAGGAGAUGCAAGGUGUGAUCAACAUAUACAGUGAAUGUUUAAAUGUUUAAAAAUUUUAUUACACUAAAACACUCAUGGCCAUUAACCUCCCUCAGAAUACUCUCCCUCACUCCAAACAUACUUCUCCUGUUAUUCUUGCUAUUUUCUGAAGGAGUUCCUCUUUUAUGAGUCUUUUGCAAGCUGUGAUCAAAACUACAGUGAAUAUUGAUGUAUUUCAUCCAAUGAAAAGGCAAGGCUCAUAAAAACAUUACACUAUGUCCUCAUUCAUGUUACUUACGGGAUCUGGCACCAUGUGACUUCUGGCUCUUCUGCAAAGUCAAGAUGACCAUGAAAGUCUGGUAUCUGCUGGCCGUGCACUUUCCUACCUCCAGUCUAGUUAUUUGAAAACCUUCAGCUUCACCUGAUCUAGACUCCAGUGCCUGGCAGAGCUUCUAGCUCAGACAAGACCUCCAUGGAUCCACUCCAGAAAUGGAAUCCAGGGUUGAUUUCUGGAUCUUCCCAGAUGCCCACCACAGAGACCUCCCAGGAAGGCGCAGCAGCCUCUCAGCCUUCCUCCUCAGAACAGCUAAUGAUGGGCCUCAGUGACCUGAGCAUCAGUCCUGGCUCCAACCCCGCUGUGCCUCUGCAAGAGGGACUGUUCCAGCAGCAGCACAGGGAGAAGACUCUGCUGGAGCAGCACUGGGAAAGGCUGGGGUUCCCUCAGAAGAAGAAAGCAUUCCUGGGGCACUUCAGACGCAGGCACCGUGAUCACAUGGCACCUUACCCAGUCGAAAGGGAAACCAGGAUCUCUUUCCCAGGUGAUAGAGCUCAGAAUCAAUUCAGAUGCCAAUGUCGAUACUGCCAGGGCCACAUGCCAAAUAUUUCUGGGGUCACUGGGGAGAGGAAUGGGAACCCCAGUCCUUCCUCCUGGGAAACCCUCGUGCAGGGUCUCAGUGGCUUGACCCUCAGCCUGGGCACCAACCGGCCUGGCAUUCAGCCAGGUGGGGUGCAGCAGCAGCAGCAGCAGCAACAGCAGCAGCAGCAACAACAGCAGCAGCAGGAGCCAGAGGAAAAGCUCCAACUGGAGAGGCAGCAGGAAAGCAAGAACAUGUUCCAGAGGCUGUUCAAGCAGUGGUUGGAAGAGAACUGAGAUGCCCAUCUUCAUAGAACAAAGACCCUUAGGGAUUCAGACAGUACUGUGUUGCCAGCUCUUGGGAGGUGGGCUUCUUUUGGGGACCAAACAGUCACUAUCGGAGGAGGAAUCCCAAGACCUGUGUUAUGACCAAGAAGGUCCUCAUCUUUCCUGCCUGUCAUUUGUGGAGCACUGAGAGGCGUUCAGGGACCGAGGAGACUGCACACCAGUGUUCCCCACCUCCUCUCAUCUGGUUCCCAUGCCACGUGUUGUCAAUUUUCCAGCCUACAUCUCCAUCUUUGCUCCUUAACUUGUUGUCAGGGAGAUAUCUUUAUAAGAUGUCUGUGUAGCGUGAAUGCCUUGUUGAUGUCCAUGUGAUUUUGUACCAUUUUACUGACUGCCACCCAGGAACAGAGCUAGGUCUGUUUGAAAUGGGGGCACUUGACACUGAGAUCUAGGUGCAAACAUCUGCUGCCAAACAAAGUGUGGGAAAGGGAUGUGGAAUUGGAACUUGAUGGUUCACCAUUGUACUGUCAGUGUAAACUAUUAUGACUAUGAUAAGCUGACUGUAUGUGUUUCCCUGCCGCUUAGCAAUUGAGUAGUUAACCCCCCUGCAAGACUUUCACCUGGGUACCUCAUCGCUAACACCAAAUAAACAUAUGUGUGAAAGGAAAGUAA